AUUUGGGAAACAUUUGUGUAUCACAUAUCAAUGUCCAUAUGUGAUUUGAGCAUAGGAAUACCAAAUAUGGAUGACCAAAUGUCUCCUACUAAUUAAUAAAAUAUUAUCUAUUUAAUAUUUAAAAACAUUUUAACUCUUCGAAAAACUAAAAAGUAAACAAGAUUCACACAAAAAUAUGAACGUCAUUAACACAAAAGAUGUGAACUCUGGUUAGUGUUGAAGAUAACGUGAAACAAGAUUCAAAUCCUCGUGGAAGAGCACCAAUCGAUCACCAGAAUCAAACCUUUGAGCUUCCUCCUAGCUUCGGUAACGUUUAAUCUCACCUGAUUCUCGUUUUUCUUCUCUUCCUGUUGAAUGUUUGUGAACAUAGAUAUAUAUAAAGCUGAGAUAGAUAUAGAUUCAUGCUUCAACGGAAAAGCAUGAAGAGGAACAACAACAAUCUUCUAACGAACAAGAAUAAGUAUGUCUAUCUUAAAACGGCGUCGCAUCCAGCAAAAAGCAUCGCUAAAGCUACUCUGUUCCUCGUCACCUCUCUCUUCAUAUCUGCUGGUCUCUUAGACUUAUUGGGUUGUUUCGAUUUCGUGAGUUCGAAUCUGAAGUAACUUCUUUUUUAGAAACUUUUUAUUCAAUCAAGUGAAUCUUGAACUUGAAGAGUUAAUAAAUUCAUAUCUCUCUGUACUUCAGACAACUUUUACAGGUCUGAAGCAGGUAACAACUAGUAUCAGAAAAUCACCAAUCACAAGCCAAAGAUUCCCUAACCAAUGCGGCGUCGUUCAGAACCAAACUCAAUUAUUUCCCCAAAAUGGCUCCUCGAGAAACAACGACAAACCCAGAAGCAGCCAUUCAAGAAUAUCCACGUGUCCUUCUUACUUCCGUUGGAUCCACGAAGAUCUACGGCCAUGGAAAGAGACAGGUGUAACGAGAGGGAUGCUUGAGAAAGCCAGGAGGACGGCGCAUUUCAGAGUAGUAAUCCUCGACGGGAGAGUGUACGUUAAGAAAUAUAGAAAGUCAAUCCAAACAAGAGACGUUUUUACUCUGUGGGGCAUCGUACAGUUACUACGGUGGUACCCAGGUAGGUUACCGGAUCUUGAGCUCAUGUUUGACCCAGAUGAUAGACCAACCGUCCGAUCUAAAGACUUUCAAGGUCAACAACACCCGGCCCCGCCUCCUUUGUUCCGUUAUUGCUCUGAUGACGCCAGCUUGGAUAUUGUCUUCCCUGAUUGGUCCUUCUGGGGCUGGGCUGAGGUUAAUAUAAAGCCUUGGGAUAAAUCGCUAGUGGCGAUAGAAGAAGGGAAUAAGAUGACUCAAUGGAAAGACCGCGUGGCGUAUGCUUAUUGGAGAGGAAACCCUAAUGUGGCUCCAACUAGAAGAGAUCUUCUCAGAUGUAAUGUCUCAGCUCAAGAAGAUUGGAACACACGUCUCUACAUUCAGGAUUGGGAUAGAGAGUCAAGAGAAGGAUUCAAGAACUCUAACCUAGAGAACCAAUGCACCCACAGGUACAAGAUUUAUAUAGAAGGAUGGGCAUGGUCAGUGAGUGAGAAAUAUAUAAUGGCAUGUGAUUCAAUGACAUUGUACGUGAGACCUAUGUUCUAUGAUUUUUACGUACGAGGAAUGAUGCCAUUACAACAUUACUGGCCAAUCAGAGACACCUCUAAGUGUACUUCCCUCAAAUUCGCCGUACAUUGGGGGAAUACUCAUUUGGACCAGGCGAGUAAGAUAGGAGAAGAAGGGAGUAGGUUUAUUAGAGAGGAAGUGAAAAUGGAAUAUGUGUAUGACUACAUGUUCCAUUUGAUGAACGAGUAUGCAAAACUUUUGAAGUUUAAACCAGAGAUUCCGUGGGGAGCCACGGAGAUUACGCCGGAUAUUAUGGGCUGCUCGGCGACGGGACGGUGGAGAGAUUUCAUGGAGGAGUCUAUGGUUAUGUUUCCUAGUGAAGAGUCUCCUUGUGAGAUGCCUUCUCCUUUUAACCCUCAUGAUUUAAAAGAGAUUCUUGAGAGAAAAACUAAUUUGACUCGUCAAGUUGAGUGGUGGGAAGAUCAAUAUUUUCAUGAUUUAGCCAAUAUCAAGAAGCCUUGACCAAAAAGGCUCUUGUGUUUGUUUAGAUGAUUGAGUUGUAUUCAUAUAUUGAAAUUAGUGAAAAGUAAACGAGUAAUUUUUUUUCCGACUAGUAUGUGUCUCUAUCUCCACUAGCGAUCUUUUUUCCGACUAGUAUGUUAAUUGAGUUGUAUAUUCUAAUGUUUUAGUAAAUGUUAUAAGUUUAGUUCUAUUUUUUUU